AUGGACCGUGAAUUGCAACCAAAACCCGGAACAACACUGAGAUCGGUGUUUGUCAGAGAAACCUUAGGUUUCAAUCAAGUAAUGCUAAUGGCAUCGGAAGUACAGGAAAGAGAUCAACAAAACACACCGAUAAUUAUGGCCAAUGUGUUCGGCACUGUACCGCCAAAACAGUCACAAACAACCAAUGAUAUUAUCGGCCACUUGAAUGCCAUUGUUGGCGACAAUACGGCUUACGACGACCAUUCUGCGACCCAAUUAUAUACGGACUCAUUAUUUCCGGUAUUGAUGGCCAUUGGAUUUAAACCAUUGAACCAAAGACCUGAAGGCUAUGGUAAUGCAAUUUACUUGUAUUUGUGUCACAAGAAUAUCGGAAUAUUAAACAAAAGAGUCAGAUAUGUGUCCAACAAUCAAGAAGUCAAAUGGUGUAAAACAUUUCCAGCAAAUCUUCAUCUGAUUGUCAAUAAUUCCGAUACAAUUAAAUAUCCAAGAAUUGGUUAUUAUGUUAUUUACCGAAUACUGGAUGUAAAUAAUACUGAUUACGAUGUAAUUGGUUUGUAUGCACCCAUCAAUCCGGAUCCGCCAUUAGAUCCAGAAAGAGUUAGCCGAGAUAUUAUCGAUUCAAGCGUACAGUAUUUGUCCAAAUGGUUUGUCGAUCGGUACACAUAUCUGAUCGCCAACGAUGGCCUAUUGUGUGUCGCCGAAGAUGUUGAUCCGAAAAAAUCAAGCGAUCAAUGGUUGACAUCGAUACUCAAAUCGGAUACCUAUUGUAUUAUCGAAGGUCGGUCAGAGAUCAGAACUCUGCCCAAAAGCCGUGAUUUUGGUCGCAUAAUUCAUGGACAAUCAUAUCUGGAACUGGUUGUCAUUGUUGGCGAAGGUGUAAAUCUUUUGUUCAUCCAAAGAAGUAUUAUUAGUAGAAAACCCGAUUACUCUUAUGUCAAAUCCUAUUACAGUCAAUACGAUCUGACAAUGAAUUUGUUUUGUAUUGAUUCGCAUGUAUUGUGUACCGAUUUACAGCAGACAGCAACACUGGAACCGCUUCUUAUUGUACAACAACAGCAGCAGCCGCCACACAAAUACAGUUUAGAACCGCUGAUGAAAAUGGAUGAUAUUAACGACUAUUUUGAUCUAACAUACAGAGAACGUGAUCAAGAAGUCGGUCACUUAAUCUUUUCGUUGGUUAGGAAUUUUGCAACAAAUCAACAUUUUGUCGACUACUGGAAUGUCUUCAUCUGUUUGGACGACAAGAGUAUGUUUACCGGCGACUAUCAGUACUGUACGACAGUUGUCGCCGAAUAUCCUAUAGAUCCACAAAAUGAACGAAUACUAUGUCUACCGAUCUAUUCGUUUCGGGCUAAUCUGAUCGUACGGCCCAUACGAUUAACAGUCGAAUUGCGACACAAAUGGACAAACAAUGGCAAAGACAGGGAUCUUAUAUGGUUUAACAGACAUAAGCUAUCGUUUUUGUUUAUGUAUUGGAUUGAGAUAUCACCGCUCAAACGGUUCCAUAAUGUAAGCCUCAAUAUGAUUGAACGGUUUCGGACAAUCGAGAAAUUCAAAUAUAGAUUUCCGACUAAAGAGGAAAAACAAUUUCAAGUUCAACAAAAAGUUGAUUGGGCGAGAGGUAAGAAAGGCAUGCAAGAGCCCAGUGAGCUAAUUAGGUUGAGAGAGCCGAAUGAACCGAGAGAUCUGGAAGAGCCGAGUGAAUCGAGAGAUCUGGAAGAGCCGAGUGAACCGAGAGAUCUGGAAGAGCCGAGUGAAUCGAGAGAUCUGGAAGAGCCGAGUGAAUCGAGAGAUCUGGAAGAGCCGAGUGAAUCGAGAAAGCCGAUAGAAACGCUAGGGUCGAGAGAGACAACAGGUCGAGAGAGUUCAGAAAGUCCAGAGAGACGAGAGAGACGAGAGAGACGAGAGAGACGAGAGAGACGAGAGAGACGAGAGAGACGAGAGAGACGAGAGAGACGAGAGAGACGAGAGAGACGAGAGAGACGAGAGAGACGAGAGAGACGAGAGAGACGAGAGAGACGAGAGAGACGAGAGAGACGAGAGAGAGAGAGACGAGAGAGACGAGAGAGACGAGAGAGACGAGAGAGACGAGAGAGACGAGAGAGACGAGAGAGACGAGAGAGACGAGAGAGACGAGAGAGACGAGAGAGACGAGAGAGACGAGAGAGACGAGACAAACACAAAGAACACCGAACUAAGUACUGA